AUGGAGGAGCCAUACUGCUGCCAUUACUCAUCCUACAGUGUGCACCCCUUUCUCUCUCCCAACACUUCUGCUCCACAGUCUUCAUUGUCUAACCCCACACCCCUUAUUACUACCCCUCAUCCUUAUUGUUCUCCAUACUAUCCUCCCAGUAGUACUGCCACUAUCCAUAUCACUCCAUCUUCCUCCCCCCCUCGUCCUCCUACUGCUUCCACCACUACAGACCGUUUGAGUACCCUUUUUGUCCCAGCCAAGGGGAUCAAUUCUUUGGUGAUGAUGAGUUUCCUCGGUGACGGCAUGCCUUCGGCCCCAUUCACGGGUAAAGAAAUAGUCGGCACGGGAGUCAGCGUCAAAGAAGAGCUCAGCGAAGAUGUCACCGAAGAUACAUGCCUAGAAAUAAAGGAGGAACCACUUGAUUAUGGAGAUGAAGUGAGAAAUGAAGUGUGUAACCUGAAUGAUUGUAAUGACAUGUCAAAAGUACCAUUUAGGGCUAAGGACUGUGGGAAGACGUGUUCAUCAGAUGGGGUUCAAGUGAUGUACGAGGAAAGACUGAAGGAGGAAACACAACUAAUAGUUGAACCCACAAGUAAAUGUUUUGCAUGUGAGGUGUGUGCAAGGAAGUGUCUCAAAAGAGUCACGUCAACUUUCACAUGGGAGUCCACAAAAAAGGAAAAGCAAUACAACUGCGAGACUUGCAAUAAGACAUUCCACUCCAAAAGCGAUGUAGAAAAGCAUGUUGAUGUAAAUACAGAGGGAAAGCCAUACAACUAUGAGAAACCAUACAGCUAUGAACUUUACAACAAGUCCAUCUCACAGAAGCAUAAUCUGGUGAAGAACAUGAGAGUGCAUACAAAGAAGAAAACAUAUAGCUGUGACACUUGCAGUAAGAAAUUUUCUGAGAGAAGAUAUCUUGUAAAGCACAUUAGAAUACAUACAAAAGAGAAGCCAUACAUCUGUGAAAUUUGCAGUAAUACCUUCUCAUUGAAAAGUAUCUGGUGA